CUUCAGUUUUUAUUAUUUUAUGGUAUUUCUUCACUGUGAAAGGACACAAUGAGAAAAAGGUUUGCCUUUUCAUGCUGUCAAACUGCUUUGACACUCCCCAAUCAAUGAUUCACGUGUUUGUGCGGAUGGUUCCUUCAGCAUAAAAAGGUUCAGCUUAAACAAGAGUUAGCAUUCAUAACGAAGCCUUGCGACAACGUUUUAUCCUAUUUGGAGAAAUCAAAAACUUCAUCGGAAAGAGCAAAUCUGUAAAGAAACAACGUAACGAAUACAAGCAAACAAUCACAUCAACAUGAAUUACACUUUUGUAGUCAUCUUUCUGGUUUGUUUGAUAGGAUGUGACGCGCAAGUUUACACAGAUCAGGAUUUAGUCAAAUAUUGUAAUGAUUGUAUGAAGGAUGGGUCGUUAUCCACAGUGCGAGCUCAUCCAUAUCGUUGCGACUUUUUUAUAAUGUGUAUACCAACUGCCGGGGAUUACCGUGUCUCGGAAAUGGUUUGUUCAGAAGGUCUUUUCUUUGACGAAACUAAGAAAACUUGUGAUUGGAUAACCGAUCAGACGCAUUGCGUCAGAAAAUGUAAUGCAGGUGAUAAAUUUCGGCAUAAAUCCGACUGUAAUAACUAUUAUGAAUGCAAAAAUGGCGAAUUCGCAAUCAAGAAAAACACACCGUCGGAAACUUGUGGGAAACAUAAAAGAUUCAGUGAAAAAGCGCAAGCCUGCGUUGAAGAUAAAACGUGUGGUAAAAAGAAAGAUUGUAAUAUAAUCCAGAAUGAUUGUCCAAGCGGAUAUGUGCUUAUAGAGGAAGAUUGCAAAUGUGAAAAACGCAAAACUUGUGCCGAUCAAUAUAAAAUAACGCAAAAACUUGAAGUAUACCAGCAGUUGAAGGAUGGUGUAUGGAUCGAACUCAGGUGUAUUUCUGGUUACAAUUUCAACUUAACCACAUGUACCUGCUCUGAUAAGAUCUCUACCAUAUACGAUUGUCCCAGCAGUUACAAAAUUCACAAUGACAAAGACAAAUACUACGUCAAGAUGAACAACGUGGAUGUUUUACAAACAUGCCAGCCUGGACAUAACUUUAACAUAUCUGACUGUCAGUGCCACCCAUAUCAGAGCACCAAUAAUUGUCUUAAAAUAGACAUUCCCCUAGCGACUGAUACGAAAGAGGUCCAUGGAUCAUAUGUUCACGACGAGAAUGUCGAAGUUUCUAAUGGAUACGGAUACUUCAAUGGUUCUGCUUAUUUUGUUAUUCCAGCAUUAUCAGGCAACGAGUUUCCAGAUGAAUUUAAAUUUAGCAUAGAAUUCUUUCUGUUACCAAAUCAAUUAGGAAACACAGUUGCAAUUGCUGGUAAUGGUAGAUGUAACACCAGUCCAACUUUUUCGGUUUCUGUUGAGGUACCCUUUAAUAGUUCACCAUUGUUGGUGAUACAAAUAAAGACUAAUGGUACCAAUUCUGAGACAAAAAUGAGUGUGUCCUUCUCAACGUGGACAAAAUUGGUCAUAUUGAAAACUAAAAAUGGUAUGGAGUUGCGGCUAGAUGGUGUCCCUACAAUUAUUCCCGAUGUUGGCAAAGUCGACAGGCACCAGUGUGCAAUUGGUGCUGGAAAUAUGUCCAAUAUGAGCAACUUUGUUGGUCGUAUGAAAAACUUUUACUUUGCCAAAUGUUUGUAGAAAAGACGCAUUGAUGGUUAAUUAUCCGAACGAAAUACCGACAUGUUAACAAGCUUUUCCGAAAUUACUUUUCUUUCUUUCUUUUUUUAAAAAAUUUUUUUAUUUUACUGAAAUAAAAUUAUCUCGCAUGAAUUAA